AUGAGAUCCCAAGCUAUCAUUCUUGGCUUUGUUGCUGUCGUUAUUGCACUGGUUUAUGAGUUCUUUCUUAAAGAUAUCCUCUUCAUCGCAAUUGGUAUAGGACGAAUCAUCCAGCCAAUUGAGGACUUUCCUUACAGCUGUCGCAAAAUCUAUGGCUCCGAAAAUAUACUUGAAAGCUGCGAAGAUGUGUGGCUGGACGACGAAGGCCGCACCCUCUAUGCAGCAUGUGUUGAUCUGAAGUCUCGGCAUGAAUGGAGUCCAGGCGGCGACAAGUUGAACGCAUCGGGCAGAACCCCCAAUGGCCACUUUGUAGCGCUGAACAUUGAUUCACCAGGGCCAGACGGCAACUACGGAGCCAGUAGACUUCAAAUCACUGGCGACUACCUUGGGCCAGCAGGAUCCAGAGCUAUCGACCCUAAUGGCUUCGAUGUGGAGAUCCUCCCAAACAAUCGUUUGAGGUUUUGGAUGACCAAUGUUCGUCCGCCCGUGGACGCUGUUUCCGGAGAGUAUCUGGAUGCCACGAAAGUAGGUGCCAAUGGUACCGUCGAGUCGUUUGAAUUAAUUAGGGGUGGGGAUACGCUGAAGUGGACUGGGACGUUUGGCGCGAACGGCGGAGUGGUGCAUUCUCCGAACAAAGUUGCGGCGGAUUUGAACGGAGGAUUUGUGGUGACCAAUGAUCAUAGUACUCCAAUUGGUCUGCGUCGUUCACUCGAUCCCCUUCUCGGAGGCGGCUCCCUCGCCCACUGCACUAGGUCCAACGAUUGUAAAAUCGCAGUUGAUGGUCUCUCCUUCCCCAAUGGCCUGGUCCGGGGUCUUGAUGGCCUUUUCUACGUUCCUUCGUCCAUGACCGGUCGCAUUGGUGUCUACUCCCUCUCGUCGACUUCUCUGACUAAAAUCGACGAAAUUGAAGUCGGGAUGCCCAUCGAUAAUCUGUCUAUCGACGCAAACGGCGAUAUUUUCGCGGCGGCCUUCCCAGACCCGCUCAAACUAAUCAAAGAAGUGAAGUAUGUUACUGGCUUGCCACUGCCGAGCACUGUGUGGCAAAUUAGAAAAGUGAGUAGCGAGCGUGAUGGGGAAGGAAAGGGAAAGGGAAGAGGCUCCGUGAAUUAUCGUGUGUGGAAAGUGUUAGAGGAUAGCGAGGGAAAGCUGCUGCCGACUGGGACGACGACUGCGGCGCACGAUGCUAAAACGGGGAGGAUCUUUCUUGGAGGUGUCCUAUCUGAACAUAUGACUGUUUGUGAGCCAAUACCCAUUGCUAGAUAA